AUGAAGCUCUCCGUCCUCAUGACUUCUUUCCUCGCUCUGUUUGUGAGCACCUCCUCGGCAUUGGAAUGGGAACUUCAAAUAAACAGACAACCACCAAUAAAAGGAACUGGACCUAAGGGCUGCACCCCCAUUGUCAUUCCCCGGGGUGCUCAAAUCAGCUGGACUGGAUCCAACGGAGGCCGAACUCUUCAGUUGUUCAAUACGCAAGGAAAGUGCUCUCAAGUCUAUCGGACUGUGAUGGGAGUUGGAGAUAUCAACGCUUCCAAUACUAUUUAUGGAUACAUGGUAAAGGCUUAA